AUGGCCCCUGAGCACCGGUGCUGCUUCUGCACAGCCAGGGAUGAGAUGCCCUCUGAGGCCGUCCAGACACUCUGCCCCCACCAGAUCCCGCUGCUCCCACUCUCCACUGGAGGCAAAUACUACGAAGUUAAGUGUGUGUGUGUGACUGGCUCUUACCUGCACAGGGCGUCGGAGGCGGCAGAGCUGCUGCAGUUCCAGACAGCUGGGCUUGUGCCUCUCCUGGUGGGAGCAUUCCGGGAUGAUGGUACGUCUGCGCCGCUCUGCACAGGCCUGGUCCCGGCAGGAGCAGAAUAG